AUGGCCGAGUCGGGAGAACUCGGCUUGGAUCUUGCGAAAGGCCUGUUCCUCGCCGCUCGGCUGCGAAGACACUGCAUGCUCUUACAAUCCGUAUGGAUGUAUUCCGUCGUGGUCUUUGACGAUUCCGCGUCGUGGGCAGCCAGCACUUACAGUAUUCCCGGUGGCACCACCACCUCUCGAGCUGAAGAAUACUUUGAGAGCUCGAGUAUUGAUUAUUUCUCUUCGUUACCCGACUAUUAA